CCAGAGCAGCAUACGGGCCAGAGCAGCAUACGGGCCGCAGAAGCGUCUGUUGAGGCAGCUGCGGAAACCCCAACGCUGAUUUGGAUGGUGCGUUUCAAGAACAGGUACUUGGUGCUGGAUUUGCAGUAUGAGGACAAGCAAAUUGAUCUUUCGGUGAGCAGCAGAGAUAUUCUGUCAAACCUCAGAGACGCUGUUUACAGCUUACACGGGGAUUUCGGACUUGCAUGCGUCAUGCGAUCAUUGGCUGUGAAAUACUGGAAUGUACAGACAGGUAUCGUUGUGGUCAAAUGUAGCAGAUCCUACUAUCGGCUGCUCUGGUCUUCUCUUACCUUUCUCAGAUCUUUGAAGCAACAAUCAUGUGCAUUUAGAACACUCAAAGUGUCAGGCACAAUACGAAAUUGUCAGAAAUUUUUGAUAGAGCACAACAAAGAAGUUUUACGCGUUACCUUGAGGCAAUGCAAGAGACCAGGCAUUGUAUUUGAUAGUGGACAAUGGUGUUUAUUGUAGAAAUUGAUGGUACGUGCCUUUUUGUUUUGUGCUUGCUUGUUUGUCAUUCUUCAUUGUUCUGUCUACCUGUAUGUUUUUGUAUGUAGUUUGCAUUUGUGUUAGUAGUAAUAAUUAACUGUCUUUGUGCUUGCUAGUGUGUUUGCCUGUCUGUUGUGGUUUACUGCUUUGUGAAAUAUUAAUAUGCCGUAUUCUUAAUAACG